GAAAAUGUGUAUUAUUAUUUAGAUAAACGGAUUAUAAAUAUGCACAUAUAUAAAUCAUGGAUAUAUAUACACACACAUAUAAAUGAGUGUUAGAGAAUGAACAUAAAAUGACACUUAAUUAGUGAUAGUACAGUGAGGGAGAUGGAAUAGAACACAAUUUUAAAUUAAGAGUUGAAAGGAAACGAUAAGUAGUAAGGGAAUUCUUGAGUAGAUCUUCCAGAGAUGAUACCGCUGCUAAGAAGAUUCUGCAGGACUUGGUUGCUUGUGAGUGCUGGGUGUUAAUGCUGUUUUAAUCUUAGUAAAUAGCUAUUACGUGCUAAGUGCAACAGUGGCUACUAGGCGUGUAACGUUGUAUUGGUAUAAAUAGCUUUGUAAAACAAACCCUACUGGUUUAACACAUUGAUUGUAUGGUAUAGGAGCAAAGUACAGUCACUCAGUGAGAACACACGCUGAUAAAGGUGAAUAGGUAACCACAGCACAGAAUGACACUACCAGCCCAUCUUAGUUAAUGAGUAACUCCAGGAAGUAGAUAACAAUUCAACACUGUUCAGCAUGAAGACAAUGAAAGCUAUAUAGGCCAUCAGGAGAUAUGUGGACAUUUUUUACUACAUAAUUAUUUUUAUAGAGGAAUAUGAAGAAAAAGAAAGCCAAUUCGGGGGAGAAUGCUCCCCCAGUCUCAAAGUGUCCGGAUAAUACUGCCUUUAAGCAGCAGAGAAUCCCAGCAUGGAUGCCAACGCUGAACGCCCCAUCAGUUCUCAGCACAUUCUAUAUCAUUGGUGCAUUCUGUCUCGCUGUAGGAAUCAGCAUGAUUGUGGCUACAUCAAAUGUUCAAGAAAUCUGGGUGAGUGAAAGAUCUAAUUUACUAUAGAAUUAUUGGUGAUCUGGUCCAAAGCAUUACAUUUGGGACAAUCAGUAGAAACAUUCUGUAAAUUGCCAUGGAGAUUGUUUUAAACUGAUCGCUUUCCCCCAAAAUAGAUUAACGUCUGUCUCUGUAAGGUUGGCCUCACUGUGAGAGAACUUUUAAAGAUAAAUAAUUAAUUGAAGUGACUGACGUCAUAUACAAAGAACAUUUACGUAGGUGAAACAACUGUGUGCAAAGAGCAAAAAUAAAAGCACUAAAAACUAUUUCGUUUUUAGGAGAAAAUAAAUAAAAUCUAAAUUUUUAAUUUUGCGAUGAGGCUGUUUCAAAUGUUACAAUGAGAAAUACUGCAUGUAUAUUAAUAAUGUUUUUGACAAUUUAAAAACAUUUUUAGUAGUUUUUUGUAAUGAUUAUUAUUGAUAUUAUCAUUAUUAUUAUUAAUCCCAUUAGCAUUUUUGGGUGCUAACAAGACCGCACUGUUUUCCAGUUAUGCGGUGGGGAUUAAUAUGUUACAGCAGGUAGUUGGUAAACAAAAUAAGGUUGGCAAAUAAAAGACGAAGAGGGCCCUUGUCAGAAAGCUUACGAUAUUUUACAAAAAUAGUUUUUUAGAGGCACAUUUCUUGCCAUUUGUGGCUGUAAAAUAAUAUUUACGUAGCACCUGCUUAAUUUCAGUCUGGUGGUUUUUUUUGUAAAAAAUCUUUCAUUGUAAAAACUUUUAUGAUUGUUUUCAGAGAGCAGGACAUAUAAGGAAAGUUAGGUAUAUGCCAAAAAUUGCCAUUGCACAAUGAGAUUCAGGGUAAGUCAAUAGGCUAAAAUAUUACAGGUGUUAGUGUGAUUUUAUGGUUAAGUAAUAUUUGUUAAGUGGUUGCUAAUGUGGUCAAAAUCUGAGUAUGUGGAUUAAGGCUACGGCCUAUUAUUCUUCACUAAACUUUGAAUUAUCUAUUAUUAGAUAGUUGUGACAAUGUGUCUUAAAUCUCAGAAGGUAGGAUCUCAAUAAUAUAUUAACUACAAUACAGGGCUAAAGGUCUAUUUAGAAUUUAUCCAUUUUAUAACAAUGCCUGUUUGUUACAUAAUUUUAAUAAGGAUUAUCUGGACUCAGGCUAUGCAAAAGAAUGAAAGGAGAAUGUAUAAUUUGAAUUUUAUCAUUAAGAAAGUGCAUACUUGUCACAGUUGCCGUUACCCUUACACACAGGAAAAAGGAAACCCACAAAAUGAGGGUUCAAAAGACGUAUUACCAGACCUUAGAGUGGCCGGAUUUAACGUAUUACAAGAGAAAAUCAAAGUCAGGAAUAGACGACGUCAGGAAUACAGAGAUACGGAUACACGAAAAAUAAGCCAACCGAAAUCACUAUAGGGAAAUAAGUGAGGACCUGAACAGGCUUUAAACAGAUUAAAAUGUGUUCUCAUUGGUCCACGUCUCUGCGACUCCAAACAGCAUGGGGUUGCCUAGAUGACGUGGUCCCUUUAAGAGCGUGGUGUCAUAUUUUUCAAAUGUAUUUAAGGACAUGCCCUUAGAGCGGGCAGAGCCCUAACUUAUUUUAAGGGCCUGUAGUUUGUGCCGUUUGCAGGACCGAAGGUAAGUAUAUAUCCUAUUCAGGCCUCACGGCCAAAACACCACAAAUGGCUGCGUGGCCUGACUAGGAUUUACAGCCAAGGAGUGGCGCAACGCGGACGCCAGGUGCAUAUAAGUCUAUGUCAAAAUGAUAUCCUUAUAGCAAUAUAGCACUUCAGAAAAACACUCAAUUAAAAUUACUGGACACCUGCUCAAUCCAACCCCUAAUACUAUACACUAGGAAAACAAUGACUAGUCCAAAGCAGAAAUUACAUUACAAAGUACAUCCUGCACAGUGAGUAGGUGAUUUAAGGAAAUUAGGACAUUUCUCAGGCUCCGCCAUCCUACAUUUUGCAUUAACUGCACUGGAAGAAAAGUCACAAAUUUUAAGAUUGUAUUAGGAAAUCUCUUCACUACUACCAACCGCGACAAUGAACAAGUUUAAUAACGAGCUUAACUGCUCUAGAAAAAAAAUAAUAGGUACAAACAAACAUAGAAUACAGAUAAACAAUCAUUAUGCAGCAUAGAACAAAAAGAGACAAAGGGAUGGGUUGGGGAGGAUAAUACUCACCACCUGUUUUUAAUAAAAUCCAUAUUUUCCGGGGGGUGGGGCUUAGCCGCAGAACGAAGAAGGCCAAGUGAGCGGAGGCCACCCGGCAUCGAUUCAUGCUGUUUGUUGCAAAAACCGGACAAAACCGGCGGCGGAAAAAGGCAGCGGCCAUCCAUCUUCCUGCACAUCUGGGGCACCUUUUCGGGCGCAUCCCACACCAGGGAGAACUGAACUGGGCACAGAGAAACCAUCCACAGCACAGCAGCCCACAAAUAUGGGAAGACACUCCCAGAAACCCACAACAGGUAGGCAAACUGAAUCCCAAGACAUAGGGGCCCUUCUACAGCGACAGGCCCAGACCAAAAUGGCAGCCCCAGGGUACCAGGAGCUCCCGGCUGACCCUCAGGCCCAAGCACUUAACCACCCUCCAGCACACACCCCACCACAAGCAGCAGGGGCACCAACUACAGGCCUCCCUGACUUAUCCGCCCUGGCCACUAAGUCGGACAUUAAAAACUACCUUACUGAAUUUCGCCAGACGCUAGCCACAGACAUAGCAGUCAUUCAGGCCAACCUACAGUCACGGACAGAGUAAGAGCAAGCGAAGAGGACAUCAUAGAUGUGAGGCAAGAAGUAUCCAAAAUGAAAGACUCUAUUCAAACCGUCCAAAGGACGCAACAAGCUUUUUCAGCACACCUUGCUAUGCUAGAGGACCGCUCCAGGCGCAUCAACCUAAAGAUAAGAGGGGUGCCGGAGUCUGUCACCAUAGCAGAGAUGCCCCAUUACCUGAGGCGACUAACGGCUUCACUACUGCCACCUCCACAAGCCAAAAAGCUCGCCUUUGAUGGCAUAUUCCGCCUGCCAAAAUCGCCAAAAGCCCCACCAAACUCAGUGAGUGACGUCAUAGUCCUCUGCGCCUUAGCCCAAGACAAACAGGCACUAAUUGUUGCACUGCGAAACCAAACUCCCUACACAUUUGAGGGAGCUGAACAAUCCUUCUACCAAGACAAGUCAAGGCCCACCUUACAAUGGCGCAAAUCUCUUCUCCAGGCCACAAGGCAACUAAGACAAGCAGGAAUACCAUAUCAAUGGACUACCCCACAAGCUCUCACUGCGAGCCACAAUGGGACUACCCACAGGAUCACCUCGGCCGAAGAGGCGCCUACAUUGCUGCGAGCACUGUGACUGACAGCUUCUAAUGAGGAGUCAAGAGACCGGAGGGCAACACCGACCUGGGACCCAGCCACAGUAGUCACCUUCACCCCACGGAACCACUCGGCUAUGGGCAUCGGGACAUGACUGGGUCCUAACUCCAAAGAGCAGCAGGCAGAUACAGACUGCACUCUUCCUACAAAAUGUUACUCUUGUUUUGAUAACUCGUUAUGCUUUAUAUUGUUCCCAAGGCUGGACAGGGUUACCAACCCCGGUGCACCCGCCCAGGUGACAGGAGGGUAGGAAUAGGGCCACACACCCACCACGACUCUUCCCUCUCCACCCCCCGCAGUCCCCUUGGUUAGGGGCACUACAAGCCAAACCGGCCCACUUAUUUGUCACCGCAACACCGCUUCUAUCUAGGCCCCAAAACGGACCACCAAAGCCACUCACGACGAGCAGCACCCACAGACUGCCACACCCACAGACCUUUGCAUACACAUACCCACACAACGAAUGAUUGACUGAAGCAACUCUAGUGGGCCCAACGCAGUACUCGACCACACCUAGCUAGCCUUCACACAGGCACCACAGACCCAUAAGCACAAGUCAAAGGGUACCGACUGUAGUCACGACAGGGAUGUCCUUGCAGCACUCACCAGAAAGACAAGCGACCCCCCAAAAAAAAAGGGCCCAGGUCAAGAGACAACUAAACUCGGACACACAUACUAGAAUACAUGAUCCCACCACACCGGGUAUCCAGCAAACAACUAAAAGUUUACUAUUGUUACUUAAGUGUGAUAAUUGGUUCAUAAUGCUUGUUUAAAAAAAAAAAAAAAAAAGGUUCAAUUUUUUCAACAUGUCCAAUACGUUUACAACAUCGCAAUACCCUACGACAGGGGUUCUCAACGUUAGUCGUCAGGACCCCCUACCAGUCCAGGGUUUAGGGAUUACCUGGGUGUGUCUAAGGUGUUUAGAAAAAGAAAUAAAAAAACACCUUAGAGUCUAAGGUGGUUUUUUCCCUUUUUCUAAACACCUGAGACACACCCAGGUAAUCCCCAAAUCCUGGACUGGUAGGGGGUCCUGAGGACUGGGUUGAGAACCCCUGCCCUACGAUGUCAUGUCUGUAUUUGCAAACGUUAUCCAUAUUUUCCUACACAAUAAGAUAAGGAAAAUCUUAAAUUGUUAUUGCACACAGGAGGCUGUGAUUAUGUUAAUUAAAAGCUAUAAUAAACAUUAUAUUGCUGAACAGUAUAUAUAUAGUACGAUAUGCAUUACCCAACUCAGAAGAUUUAGAAAGAAAAUUUAAGACAUGGGGAAUAGGAACAGAUACAUGAUCCAAAUCCCAUUCCAGGCACCAAAGUUGCCAAGCUGAUCUGUAGUUAGAUUUGGUUCCGGGUGCCCAGGUACCUUACAAUAUGCCUUUAGUGAUGUUUGAAAAUGUAAUUAAUUCAAUUAAUUUCACACAGCCCAAAACUAUUUAGGUCACCAACUGAAGUUAUUGGGAUAGAAUUCGAGGGUGAGAAUUCUCAUCUGCAAAAACUUUGUUGAAUAGGGGAAGAAUUCUAGGAAUAUCCAUCAACAUUCCCAACAACUGUUGGGACACUAACGAAGAACUGAGGUAGAUGCCAAUUAAGACACAACACUAAUGGAUCAAUUUGAAGAGGACCCCAAAGACGGUUGAGAUGGACCGACAUCGCUAUGUAACCUGUAGUUCCAGUUGUGUAAAGCAGUCUUGUCAAAGUACCACACAUGACUAGCAUUGAACUCAAUUACUAAAUAUGGAAGGGAUCCGAAUAUGGCUUCCCCAUUCCAUUCUUGAAUAUGUUGGAGCCACCAAACAAGUUCUUCUAUGGCUUCAGAAUUUAGGGGAAUCUUGUCUGAGUAUCCUAAAUCAUUUUGCAAGUGUGCUCCUUUUAUGUGUUGGAGAUCCAAGUAGUGUAAUGAUGUUGGGAAAAUGACUUGAAUCGAUGAGGCAUAAAGACCCACCAACCAAGUCAAUGAGCAUAGAGAAAUCAUAUUUUUCGGUAAGAGAGUCUUGAUUUUCUUUCUGAUGGAUUGAAGUUUCUGAUAUGGUUGAUCUAGGAAAGCUGAUCUGGGGUGCACUAAGACCCAGAAGAUCACUUGUUUCAAUAGUUUAGUGAAACAGAAAGGGUCUGAGGAAAGGCCAAGACAAAAUGAGUAGGAAGAAAUCAAAAACAAGAAUGCAACAAAACCAAUUUUAAUAAGGAGAGGUAAUGGAAGACAAAGCUCCCUUGCCAGAAGAGGUGGAUGAAGCAGGCAAAUUCAGUCUGUAGCCUAGGACGUUGCCAAAGAUCUACAGGAAUGUUCCUUGAUUUUCUCAUGAGGAGUUUAAUUUUUCAUGAGAUGAUCUUGGUGAUUCAAUGCCUGAGGGUAGAUUUUGAAGCUGCUUCCCCAUUUCUAAUGCCUUCUGGAAGGGUGAAUAACUGCAGAUACAGACAAACAUUUAAUGUACGUUCAUGUAACUUCCAACUCUGUAGAAGGUUCAGGGAAGAAACAUGGUAGGACAAUUUCCUGAAGCAAAUGGAAUUUUGACACCACUUUUGGCAGGAAGUCAUUCCUAGGCUUGAGAACCACGCUUUCAUGAAAUAUUUGAGUAUGGAGGUUCUCACAGGAAAAUGCUUGUAGUUCUUAGAUGGUUUUAGCCGUAGUGAUAGCCACAAGAAAUAACGUUUUUUCGAGUCAAUAAGACGGUAGAAUUUUAUCCAACACAGUAAAAAAAUGUUCUGUCAAAGUGCCCAGAACUAAAGGUAAAUAGAAAUAGAAUUCCUAAUAGAAGGUCUAAUGCGCAUAGCAGAUUUAAAGAAUCUUGAGAUUAGGGAAUCUGAAGCCCAUGAAACACUACAGAGGGCAUAGAGCACCGAAGAUUGGACCUUCAAAGUGCGCAAGCUUAGUCCCUUUUCUGAUCCGGAUUAAAGGAUUUCCAAAAUUUGAGAUUGAGAAGGAUUUUGGCAUAGACCUCUCAACAGCCCAGAGUAUGGAAGAAUGAGAGACCUCGGCCAAGCGCUGAUUGGCUACUUUGCUGGACAGCCUGUCAUCUUUGCGUGCAUGCACAAUGACACUCCCCUGUUAAAGGUGGGCUUGUCACCAGACAUGCUAAUUGUAUCACAUACACUCCACCCACUGGUGCCAGCCCACUACACUCAUGCAGGCGUGUAUUUAAACAUAUUUGUACAUACCAUACAAGCCCAAAAGAUGAAGUUAUGACCAAAUAUGAUGUUAGUGUUUAAUUAAUACAUAAUCCCCUAUAUCAUCAAUUAUGCACACAUUAUGCAGUAAUUCCUUAGAAUUCAGUAAAAGACACUUUUCCUUUGCUAGCCAUUAUUUUAUACUGCAUAUGAUUUACAUUUCCAGGAAGAUGUAAGAAAUGGGUAUUCUACAUAUAGGAUAAUAAUAACAUCUAAUCUCACAUUUACAGGUAACAUAUUCUGAUUACUGUUCAGUCUGUACAGAACUUCGUAAAAAUUCCUCUUAUUCUGAAAUACCAUGCACCUGCACAGCAAGCUUCUCUGUACCAGAGGAAAUGAAGGUGAGUGGAAUUUAAAAAUAUGACUGCAUAUAGUUCAGUGGUUAUAUAGCUCAGUGGAUAUAUAGCUCACUGGUUAUAGAGCUCAGCGGUUAUAUAGCUCAAUGGUUAUAUAGGUGGAUAUAUAGCUCAGCGGUUAUAUAGCUCAUUGGUUAUAUAGGUGGAUAUAUAGCUCAGCGGAUAUAUAGCUCAGCGGUUAUAUAGGCGGAUAUAUAGCUCAGUGGUAAUAUAGCUCAGUGGUUAUAUAGCUCAGCGGUUAUAUAGCUCAGAGAUUAUAUAGCUCAUUGGUUAUAUAGGUGGAUAUAUAGCUCAGCGGAUAUAUAGCUCAGUGGUUAUAUAGCUCAGCGGUUAUAUAGGCGGAUAUAUAGCUCAGUGGUAAUAUAGCUCAGUGGUAAUAUAGCUCAGCGAUUAUAUAGCUCAGCGGUUAUAUAGCUUAGCGGUUAUAUAGGCGGAUAUAUAGCUCAUCGGAUAUAUAGCUCAGAGAUUAUAUAGCUCAGCGAUUUAUAUAGCUCAAAAGUUACAUAGCUCAGCGGAUAUAUAGCUCAGCGGUUAUAUAGCUCAGUGGUGCUCCAUCUCCAUGGCUUGUUCAAAUCUUGCAUGUUCGAUUUUUAGAAGACAUAUCACAUCUUAAUUUUUAGAAGGUCAAUAAAAGGAAUUCAAUUGAGAUGGUAAAUAACAACACCUACAACCCAGGAUAUAUUGGAAACAUGGAAAAACUAAAAGCUGCUUUUGGCGGAACAUUCCUGAUUUUCGGGAUCUGUCCCACUUUUGAGGAUACAAGGGAACUGUCCACAAAAAGCGUGGUGCAUGCGCGUAAUUAGACGUGUUCACACUGCACUCAAACAUUGCUUCUUGCGUGGUCUGCCCUCAAUAGGCCAGCCUGCUUGACCUGUUAGUAAUUCGGAGGGAUCUCGCCUUUAACUCAAAUGUGAGGAAGGCUGAACUUGAUGGACGCAAGUCUCUUUUCAGCUAUGUAACUAUGUAAUCCCUUCCACCAAAGUCAUGAUUCACAAGAUGUUGAUUUUGAAACCUAUGAUUACAGUAUAGUGAGUACACAGGUUUUUGAUACAAUGUGUUCAAUGUCUUUAUCCAUACCCAUGUAGAUCAGUAAUAUUAUAUUAUUAUUAAUAAUAUUUAUAUAAUGCCAACAUUUUACACUGCGCUGUACAAUUAUAGAAUGGGGUAUUUAGAGGUGAAGAACGCCCUGCUCAAAUGAGUUUAUAAUCUAUGUGGAUUUGAAAUAGGCAGACAUAUACCCUAGCCAUUUUCCAUAAAACAGAAAAAUUAUAAUCUCAUCAUAUUUGAUGUUGAUAUAUCUAACUAUUGAACACUUGCAUUAUUUGAGGGAUUCUGACAUACUGUAAGGUUUACACAUGUAACAAUUGCAUUUCUAUUCUCCCUAACCCUAAUAUAAUCUAUUCUUUCCUCUUGUGCUAUAGGGAAACGUUUUUAUGUACUACGGCCUUACAAAUUUUUUCCAGAACCAUCGUCGUUACGUCAUUUCACGAUAUGAUACACAGCUUCUGGGUAAAAAUGUAACCACUGAAGAGGUUGGUAUAUCCUUCCUUGCAUGAAAUACUUUACACUUCAAAUAUUCAACACAAGUUUAUUCAUUUGUACCGAAAUAUAUUUUGGUUUCCUGAAUAUAAGUUUUUGUCGGGUGAUUGUAGAAUCGUUACAGGUCUCCUCUGUUUUUUUGCAGUGUACUGUAACAUCCAUUAUGGUGUGUUGAGAAUAAUUCGCUAGUUGCAAAUCUUUCACCAAACGUGUUUCGCAUGUUCUGAGGCUUUUUCACGCCGAGUCUGCAAUCGGCCAACAAAGACUCAUUUGGUGUGUGAGAUCUGUGCCUAAAUGUUAUGCCAGUAAUCCUCUUUUUAAAUGUAAGAGUCUAAUUCAUUUAAUUUUUUUUAUAAACUAUUUAUGUUUUAACGUUACUAUGCUAUGAGCAGAUUACAUUUUACUACCAGCUACAGCAUACCUCUCAACAUUUCAAAUGGACAAAGAGGGACAUUUUUUUGGGGGUGAGUUGGGAUGUGGCUAGGGGCGGGGCUGUUCAGUAAGGUUGACUUACUAAUAAAAAUGGAUGCAACUAAAAUGUGAUUUAGAACAAAAACAAUGUAUCUUAUUUACACAGACUUCUAAACACAUUUAUUGUAGUUUAAAGACUUAUUAGUGUGAUUUUUUUUUUUAUGUGGAGCUCUGUUAUUCACUCAGACACACAAACAAUAGAAAAGAGAGAUAUUAGAAAAGAAAAUAAGGACUAUCCCUCCUAAAUAGGGACACUUGGGAGGUAUGAUAUACAGUGCUUAUUAACCCCUUAGUGACCGCGGAUGUACAGACAAAGAACGGUCCUUAACCUGGGAUGAGUCAAGGCACUCAGUUAAGAAAAAAAUAACAACCCCCAAUUUUUUUUUUUUUAAGUAUUAACCCCCAAUACUAACCCCUCCCCAAUAUUAACCCCCUCCCAUUCACUUACCCGAUCGCCGCCGUUCCCCCACCAGCAAUCGGUCUUCUUCUCCAUCUGGGGGGACUGUCUGAUAGCCCAGACAGUCCCCCCUCUGCAAAUCAGGACCCCCAUAGGCGUCCAUAGUGCUGCCUGCAGGGGACUGCCUGUACUGACUGCCCCUGCUGGUGAAAAAAGUUAUAAAAAGUAAAAAAAAGUUUUACAAUAAAAAAAUAAUGAUAAGAAAUAUAUAUAUAUAUGUGUGUGUGUGUGUGUGUGUGUGUGUAUAUAUCUAUGAUAUAUAUAUAUAAUAUGUAAAUAUAUAUAUAUAUAUAUAUAUAUAUAUAUAUAUAUAUAUAUAUAUAUAUAUAUAUAUAACUUGUAUAUAAUGUCAAAUUACACACGUAUAUAUUUAUACUAUAUAUAAUAACUAUAUAUAGUGUGUGUAUAUAUAUAUAUAUAUAUAUACACAUAUUAUUAUUUAAAAAAAUAAUCAAUUAAAAUAAAUGUAAUAAUUAAUAUAUAUGUAAUUUUAUUCUAACUGUAUUUUGAUAUUAAUAUAUAUAUAUAUCAAAAUACUUAGAAUUAAAAUAUAUAUAUAUAUAUAUAUAUAUAUAUAUAUAUAUAUAUAUAUAUAUAUAUAUAUAUAUAUAUAUAUAUAUAUAUAUACACAUAUAUAUAUAUAUAUAUAUAUACACAUACACAUACAUAAAAGUAGUACGAAAUAUACAUAUGUAUAUAUAUUUAAAUUCUAUGUGCAUAUUUAUGUAAUAUCUUUUCAUAAUUAAGUAAUUUUAUUGAUUGCGAUUUGGGGGACUUUCCUGACAACCCAGGCCAAAAGUCCAGAGAAUUUAAUUUGCUACCACUAUAUUUAACCCUGUAACUUUCCAAGACACCCUAAAAUCUAUACAUGGGGGUAAUGUUUUACUCAGUAGACUUUGCUGAACACAAAUAUUUGUGUUUCAAAACAGUAAAACAUAUCACAGCGUUGAUAUUGUCAGUGAAAGUGAUUUUUUUUUGCAUUUUUCCACACACAAAUGGGACUUUCACUGAUGAUAUCAUUGUUGUGAUACAUUUUACAGAUUUGAAACACUAAUAUUUCUGUUCAGCGACGUCUCCCGAGUAUAACAGUACCCCCUAUGUACAGCUUUUAUAGUGUUUUUGAAAGUUACAGGGUCAAAUAUAAGGCAGUUUUUUUCACAUUGAAAUUUGCCUGAUUGGUUAUGAUGCCUUUGAGAGCGUAUUAUAGCCCAGGAAUGAGAAUUACCCCCAUGAUAGAAUACCAUUUGCAAAAGAAGUCAACCCAAGGUAUUGCAAAUCUGGUAUGUUUAGUCUUUUUUAGUUGCGACUAUUAGCCAAAGUUAGCAUUCAUAAUUGUGUUUUGCAUUUUUAACACACAAACAAAUAUAAAUGCUAACUUUGGCCAGUGUUUGAGACUAUGUGGCUACUAAAAAAGACUAGACAUACCCCAUAUUGAAUACCCUGGGUUGUCUACUUUUCAAAAAUAUAUGGUUUGAUGGAGGUAAAUUACAUUGGCUGGCUUUAAAAAUAUGCCAAAUAGGAAAAAAGUUGGAAAACUGUAAUGCGCACCUUCCAAAUAAGGUCUUUUAGCCCCCAGAGAACCCGACACAUCUAUACAUGGGUGGUAUCACUGUACUCCGGAGAUGUUGCUGAACACAUAUCGGGGUGUUCUUAGGCAGUAAUCCUUAAAGUUCUCAAUACAUGUAUUCUUAAAUUGCUAUGUGUGUCAAAAAAUCACCAAUUCUUUUUUUUUUCUUUUUUAAUUUGGCAUAGAUUGGUGGUAAAAUGGUUGCAUGAAAAGAGUCAAAAUACCCCAAGUUUAUUACCUUAGGUUGUCUUCUUUUAAAAAAUAUAUACAUGUGAAGGGUUAUUCAGGGAUUCCUGAUAGAUAUCAGUGUUACAAUGUAACUUCGGUUAAAGACGCACUACAGUGCCAUGAAAACAAACUCGUUUUCCUGUCACUAUAGGAUUUUAAGUUCCCCCCCCUCCCUCGGAUCCCCCCUCCCACAUGGCUGAAGGGGUUAAAUCCCCUUCAGCCACUUACCUUAAUCAAACUGCCCAUACAAAAGCAUUACUCAAUGCUUUCCUAUGGACAUCAGCGUCAUCUCAGUGUGAUUUUCACACUGAGAAUCGCGGAAGCGACCUCUAGUGGCUGUCAGUGAGACAGCCACUAGAGGCUGGAUUAACCCUGCAGUAUAAACAUAGCAGUUUCUCUGAAACUGCUAUGUUUUCAGCUGCAGGGUUAAGACCGGGGGGACUUGGCACCCAGACCACUCCAUUGAUCUGAAGUGGUCUGGGUGCCUAGUGGUCCUUUAAUAUUGAAAAAAAUGGUUUGGAAAUAGCAAAGUGCUACUUGUACUUAUAGCCCUAUAACAUGCAAAAAAAAAAAAGCCAAGAACAUGUUAACACUGGGCAUUUCUAAACUCAGGACAAAAUGUAGAAACUAUUUAACACUGGUGUUUUUUGGCGGUUGUAGAUGCGUAACAGAUCUUGGAGGUCAAAAUUAGAAAAAGUGUGUUUUUUGUAACAUGUCUUCACCAUAUUUUAGUAAAUUAUAUGAUAUGAUGAAAAUAAUGGUAUCUUUAGAAAGACUAUUUAAUGGCGAGAAAAACGGUCUAUAAUAUGUGUGGGUACAGUAAAUGAGUAAGAGAAAAAUUGCAGCUAAACACAAACACCGCAGAAAUGUAAAAACAGCCCUGGUCCUUAACGGUAAGAAAAUUGAAAAGCGGUCUGGUCACUAAGGGGUUAAUACCAUCUAUGGGUACGUAUUUACCAGAUUUAAUGUUUUCUCAUGAAACUAUUACUCUGUUAUCAGAGAUGAAUUUCUUCGUGGUCCUAGAAAUUAGCUCAAUGUAUCUUCAUACUUUAUACAAGGCAAUAUAAUAUUUUUUCUACUAAUACUUUACUUUGAUUUCAUUUUGCACAGAACGUCGUCAAGCAGAGCUAUUGCUCCCCAUUUACUGUUUACCCAAAUGGAACCCCAAUGGCUCCCUGUGGGGCUAUUGCAAACAGUUUGUUUAAUGGUAAGUGUGGGAUAAAAGGACCUGCAGGUUUGUGUUUCUCUACUUUGUUUUAAUCAGACUGAAUUCCAAGGUGACUUUACCAAGAUUUUUGGUUGGCGUCAGGUCCUCUGAAUACUAGUAAGCAAGACCUUAGUAAUCAAUUACAGAUCCCGAUACACACGGCUGCCACUUCAUUAAAAGCUUGCAAUGUAAAGUUUUACAACAUAGAGCAGGGAUAGCCAACCUUCGGCACUCCAGGUGUUUUGGACUACAUCUCCCAUAAUGCCUUUGCACCCAUGAUGCUGGCAAAGCAUCAUGGGAGGUGUAUUCCAAAACAUCUAGAGUGCCAAAGUUUGCCUAUGCCUGACAUAGAGCCACAUAUUUGUGUAUUUGGAAUAUAUAUAUAUAAAAAAAAAAAAAACAGUCUAUCAGCUAUCAGGCAGACUAUCCCCAGCAGUGAGCAGAAAGGACAUCAGAGAAUUAAAUUACUGAGUUAAAAAAGGAGGGAAAGUUUGCCAGAAAUUGAAUGGAGGCACCCAUAAAAAAAAACAACAGUGUAAGGCUAUGUGUGGAUGGCUGUACGUAAUUGGGAGGGAAUACCCUUCUUAACAACAAGGGACCCUCCAGGCACUCAAACACAUAUACUGAAUUUAAUGUAUAGGUCCGGUUACAUUUAUAAUGCUGGAUGUUUGUUCUUUUUUUUUAAAAUAAAUGUUAGGAUUGCACCACAAGCCCCUCCCUAUUUCUGAUCAAUAAUCCUUGCUCCUGUUAUGUUUAUAUCAGUGAAUUGUUUUAAUUGGCUCUGUUUUUUUCUCUUAUAGACUCAAUAACACUUUCAUUCCAUCCCAAUACAUCUACCACCAUACAAGUACCCCUUCUGCGGACAGGGAACACCUGGUGGUCUGACAAGAAUGUGAAGUUCCAAAAUCCAAAACCAAAAGAUAAUCUCAUCCAAGCCUUUGCCGGUAACGUGUUCAAAUAACUCCUUCUAAAUACUAUAGGCCUACAUUACAACACCCGGUAACCAGGAAAUUAUAAUAAUAUACACAGGGAAGGCAAAAAUUGCCCCGGGAGUUUAGGGAGGUACAGAAUCCAGCAAGAAUUCUAGUUAGGUUUUAUUACUGGAUCUGAUUUUAAGUUACAUUUCAAUAGGUUUCGAAACAUUAAAUCAGGUUCAUGAGAUAAAAUUAAGAAGCAUUUUGGUAAAAGGCAAACAAUAGUGUUUUCAUGGAAAUUUUCAACAUUAAAUACAAAAUACUGUACUUGGCACAUUUUAUGUGACUGAUUUCUUAAAGAUUAUCUUGGAUAUAACGAAGUUUGCUGAACUUGUCAUGGCCCCUGCGUUUUCAGGAUGCCACCAUUUUCAAACUGACGUCAGGCACCAUUCUUGUGCCUCUGUCAAUGCAGACCACUCAACCUUACGCUCCUUAUAUACUUCCUGAUGCUCGUAUUAUUUUUUGACACUGCAGCAGACCACGUCCUGUCAGUGGCAUUGGUCAAAUAAGUUUUGGCGUAAUAAUUUACACAAGCCAAUAGCAACAGCUCUGGGGUUAUUUAAAACCGCUCCGACCACUCGUCUUUGCCCUUGCAGUUACAUAGUUACAUAGCUGAAAAGAGACUUGCGUCCAUCAAGUUCAUUCUUCCUCACAUAUGUUUUUGCAGUUGAUCCAAAAGAAGGGUAAAAAACCCCAGUAUUAAGCGCUUCCAAUUGUGUAACAAACUAGGAAUAAAUUUCCUCUUGACCCCAAAAUAGCAGUCAGAUGUCUCCUUGGAUCAAGCAGCUAUUACCCCACUAAUUAGAAAUUAAAUCCCUGUAUGUUAUGUUUUUGCAAGAAUGUAUCCAAUUGCUGUUUAAACAUCUGUAUGGACUCUGAUAAAACCACCUCUUCAGGCAGAGAAUUCCAUAGCCUUAUUGCUCUUACUGUAAAAAAAAAAAAAACAACAACUUUUCUUUGCCUUAGCUGAAAUCUCCUUUCUUCCAGCGGAAAUGUGUGACCUCGUGUCCUAUGUAUAGCCCUGUUUAUGAAUAGUUAUCUGGUUAGUGUUUUCUGUUUCUGACUACCUUGAUCUCUGGAAUCCUAGUCCUUGGCUGUGUUAUUUCACCUAUUUGUAUUUUUGUACUCCUUGACCUCUGCCUCUCCAUCUUCUAUUAUUUGCUGUGAAACUGCGUUCUAUACUGUAUCACGUUAAGCGUGGCCACUCUAAGAUAAUACAUUGUCUUUCCUUAGUAUAGUAAGCCCUGUGUCUUAGGUUUGCAUGUUGGCAUAUACCACCUAGACAGCGCAAGCUAUUUUGUGGCAUUUCACCCAGCCCUUACCAUGCUGCAUUUCAAGCCUUGAAUAUGUUUUAGAAAGGUUAAAAUAAAGUAAACAGUGAACAACCAUUGUGUAAUAUUAAGACAGAUAGCGUGAGUUCUGCUUGAGUCCGAACACAGAAAAACAAAUGCGUCCCAUCUGUAUUAUUUGGCGCUACUAAUUUUAUUAAGCUUCUCCAAAACAUCUAACCUGUGAAAGAUUGAGUUCACAUAUCGGUGUCGUGAUGUGUGUUUUUUAUAUCUUAGAAGAAGCUGGCGUGAAAAGAAGGAAGGAGAGGAGACUGCACAGAUAAAGACAGGAAGAUGACCUGCCAAGCAAAGUAGUUGAAUUAAAAAGGGAUGCAGAGGAGCUUGAUGAAGGCAGACAGGGCUCUCCAUCUGGUCAAUUAGGCAGUGGCCUAGGGAGCUCUUUGUGCACCAGCUGUACCACCCAUCUGAGCUUCGCCGCAUGAUAAAAUGCCAGCCGGCUUACUCGGCUGUGAUUAAAUGUUGUGCCACAGGGCGCCAGCAAUAGAUACAAUUACACUGCUGGAACCAGGCGCACUCAAAGCAAGUCUUCAGAAAAGGAAGGCAGCACAUUGGCUGUCUACACUUUGCAAAGGGACUUGUGGAAGGAACCACAGAAACAAAAUACAAGUGGGGGAGCAUGUUGUUUUGAGACAAAGUGCAGGGAGGACUGGUAUCACACUGACUGAAAUAGGACUACUUGCUUCCAGGGCUCUAGCCUCCUACCUGUGCAUAUGUGAGACAAGGGAUGGAAUUCUGUUGUGAGAGACAGCCUGCUGUUUGCGCAUUAUGCAGUGUGUGUGUGUGUGUAUAUAUAUAUAUAUAUACUGGGCAAUGAAUGUGUGUAUGUUUAUGUAUUAGGCAGUUUGUGUGUGUAUAUCUGUAUCAGGCAGUUUGUGUCUGUGUGGAUCCAUGUAUUAGGAAGCACGCGUGGCAGUGUAUCAGGCAGUGUGUGUGUAUAUGUAUUGGGCAGUGUGUUUAUGCAUUGAUUCAUACACUAGGCAGCGUGUCUGUGUGUUUUGUAUUAGGCAGUUUGUGUAUAUACAGUAUGUAUGUAUUAGGCUGUGUGUGUGUGUGUGUGUGUGUGUGUAUCCAUGUAUUAUAAAGCAUGUGGGAGUGUUUGUAUUAGGCAGUUUAUGUGUGUGUGCAUGUAUGUAUAUGUAUGUAUCAGGCAGUUUAUGUAUAUGUUUAUAUUAGGCAGUGUUUGUAUAUAUAUGUAUAAGGCAGUGUAUUAGUAUUGAUCUGUCUCCUUUCCUUAAAAGUCUCUCCAGUUUGUCUCCUUUCCCUGUUGUCUCACUCUCUUUCUUACUAUAUGCCCAUCUUGUUUAGAAAAACAACAAGCAGGCAGACACCCUGGGGUCUAUUCACUAAACAGACAUUUAAUAAGUGUAUUUCAAAACUUAAGUAAGAGCAAAAGCAAAGUUAGAAAAAAGUUGAGCGACUGAGACUUUUCCCACUUUUUGGCCCAACUCACAGCCAGUCACAGCUUUUUGGGAUCUGUGUUUCAAUUUACUGCAGAUUGUUGGCUAGUGAAUAAAUGGAAGAACGGGACUGUAUCUAAUGAGGGGGACUGGGGGGCAGCAGCGAAAAUGAUUUUUGACCAGGGAGUCCAGAAUCUUGCCCCAGCCAGGAUGGCAGAGAGAAAGGAAAAUUAGAGAGAGAAUACAGAAUACAUAUGGGCAAAUAGCAGAUCAAAGGAAAGACUAAACUAAAUAUAGCAAAGGCAAGGAACUGAGAAAGAAUUGCAUGAAAAAAUGGAAAAGGAGAGUACAUGGGAUGAAAUAGAUAGGAGUUGAAACAGUAAAGGAGUUUAAGCAUGCGUGGGAUAGGCAUAAGGCUAUACUAGCUAUAAGAUAAGGCCAGGGACUAAUGAAAGUGUUUAGAACAUUGGGCAGACUAGAUGGGCCAAAUGGUUCUUAUCUGCCGUCACAUUCUAUAUUAAGAGUGAUACCAGAGAUCACAUAAGGUAAAGAUGUUAAAAUCAAAUUCAAUUGUAUAUUCAGGCAGUGCUAAAACAGCCUGGCAUAGUAUGUAAAUAAAAAAAUAAAAAAUGUAAACCUUUGCAAUAAAAAAAAUUACGCAAAAUAUAUCUUUUAGCUAGCUAACAGGUCGUGACGAUGUGACAAUUCCCCUUUAAAAUUAAAAAAUCCAAGAAAAUGUGGAGAUGGUAAAUGUGGAGCAGAAGGAGCUAACAAUUGAUAGAAAUAUUUAUAUGUAUUCGCGUUGAUUUUUGUUUUAGUUCUAGGUCUAUCAUAAUUUAUCAUUUGAUAAUUAUCAACAUGUUAACUACUUCCAAUGAGCCAUUAAUAGUGUCGACAUGAUCUCAAUUACUCUGUUCUGAUACAUUUUAAACGACACUUUUGGCAUUAUCAAUUCAACACAAUAGGUCCAUAUUAAGUGGCCGUGCUUAACCCUACUGAAUAAGAUUGUUUCUAUAAAAAUGAUAUUAUCUAUAUUUUCAUUUGGUGUAUUCACAAAAUGUCCAUGUUUUCACAGGUAGUGGAAGGCCGCCAUACUGGCAGAAGACCCCCUAUGCGCUUGAUUCUCUCGAUCCUCACAAUAAUGGCUAUGAGAACGAUGACUUCAUUAAUUGGAUGAGAGUUGCUGCCUUACCAAACUUUAGGAAGCUUUACCGACGUGUCUCUCUUGUCCAGGAGUUUUCUAAUGGCCUCCCAGCUGGAAACUACAGCUACACUAUUGAAUACAGUAUCCUUUAUGGAAACGGUGGAAUAAAAGAAAUUCCGUUGUGCUAGUAAAUGAUCACUUGGUGUGCCAGAUAAUUAAGGAAAAAUAGAUCCUAAAACACAAUAUUUCGGGUUAAGUACAAAGAGGAAUUAUGUAAGAUUCAAAUAGAAAAGGUACAAUGUGUCAACCAGAGCUCAGUUAUAGUUAACCUUGGCACAUGUUCUUGACCUAUACAUUUUUAUUUACUGUUGAAGGUCAAGAGCACCCCCUAUUCCCAUAUAUAAUUUACACAUGAAUUUUUUGGGGACAAGGGGCCUGAGAAUGUUUUCUUGUUGAUAGGGGUAGUUUUGGACCCCUGUAAUUAUUUGGUUAAACCCUCACCCCUUGACAUGACUGAGGGCUAUCCUUAACAGUCCAGACAACUUCUGCUAAUAUCUAACCCCUUACUACAGACUUAUCUGACCAUCACAUGAUAAUUUAUUUAUCACCAUGAAACAAAAAAAAUGGAAAGGGGGAAUGUGUAGGUGAGCUACCAUGACCCAGGUGUAAAGGAACAGAAGGGAUUAUAUUGCCUGGUUCAGCUAGGCUUUGAUGGAUAACAUUUUUAAAAAUGAUAAAUAAUGUAUUUAUUAGCCAUUUGCCUGACAAUUCCCUUUUGUCUGCAAGAAGCAGGCAAGGAGAAAUGUGUGAAUUUGGUGGCAAUGCAGUAUUAAUGUGCCAUAAAUAUUUGAACGCCUCGCUGUGUAUGGUAUCCAGGUCUCAUAGCUGCCCAAUUGGUUUUUAGCAGACGCUAAAUUUGUUUCAAAUCAAAUAUGAACAUUUAGUGCAAUCCCCAAACUUUCUUCCUUAGCGAGUAGCAGUAUUUCAUAUAAAAUGCCAGAAUCUAGAAAUUUAACAGACAGGGUGGUGUUACACGAGCCUAUCCCUGUCACAUUGGACAUCUGUCUGUAUUUAAUUAGUUGUGGCUGUCUGUGUAUAUUUUCCUGUUUGUGAAGAUUUUUUUUGGGGGGGGGGGAAAUCACUAAGCUGGACAUUAUGGACGGCUGUCAAAGGAAUUGAGAAUACAGUUGCAAGAAAAAGUAUGUGAACCCUUUGGAAUGAUAUGCAUUUCUGCACAAAUUGGUCAUAAAAUGUGAUCUGAUCAUCAUCUAAAUCACAAUAGACAAUCACAGUCUGCUUAAACUAAUAACACACAAAGAAUGAAAUGUUGCCAUGUUUUUAUUGAACACACCAUGUAAACAUUCACAGUGCAGGUGGAAAAAGUAUGUGAACCUUUGGAUUUAAUAACUGGUUGAACCUCCUUUGGCAGCAAUAACUUCAACCAAACGUUUCAUGUAGUUGCAGAUCAGACGUGCACAACGCUCAGGAGUAAUUCUUGACCAUUCCUCUUUACAGAACUGUUUCAGUUCAGUAAUAUUCUUGGGAUGUCUGGUGUGAAUCGCUUUCUUGAGGUCAUGCCACAGCAUCUCAAUCGGGUUGAGGUCAGAACUCUGACUGGACCACUUCAGAAGGCGUAUUUUCUUCUGUUUAAGCCAUUCUGUUGUUGAUUUACUUCUAUGCUUUGGGUCAUUGUCCUGUUGCAACACCCAUCUUCUGUUGAGCUUCAGCUGGUAGACAGAUGGCCUUAAGUUCUCCUGCAAAAUGUCUUGAUAAAAUGUCUUGAUAAACUUGGGAAUUCAUUUUUCCUUCGAUGAUAUCCGUCCAGGCCCUGACGCAGCAAAGCAGCCCCAAACCAUGAUGCCCCCACCACCAUACUUCACAGUUGGUAUGAGGUGUUGAUGUUGGUGUGAUGUGCCUUUUUUUCGCCACACAUAGUGUUGUGUUUUUCUUCCAAACAACUCAAAUUUGGUUUCAUCUGUCCACAGAAUAUUUUACCAGUACUGCUGUGGAACAUCCAGGUGCUCUUGUGCAAACUGUAAACGUGCAGCAAUGUUUUGUUUGGACAGCAGUGGCUUCCUCUGUGGUAUCCUCCCAUGAAAUCCAUUCUUGUUUAGUGUUUUACGUAUUGUAGAUUCGCUAACAGGGAUGUUAGCAUUUGCCAGUGACUUUUGUAAGUCUUUAGUUGACACUCUAGGAUUCUUCUUCACCUCAUUGAGCAGUCUGCGCUGUGCUCUUGCAGUCAUCUUUACAGGACGGCCACUCCUAGGGAGAGUAGCAGCAGUGCUGAACUUUCUCCAUUUAUAGACAAUUUGUCUUACCAUGGACUGAUGAACAGUAAGGCUUUUGGAGAUACUUUUAUAACCCUUUUCCAGCUUUAUGCAAGUCAACAAUUCUUAAUCUUGGUUCUUCUGAGAGCUCUUUUGUGCGAGGCAUCAUUCACAUCAGGCAAUGCUUCUUGUGAAAAGCAAACCCAGAACUGGUGUGUGUUUUUUAUAGGGCAGGGCAGCUGUAACCAACACCUCUAAUCUCAUCUCAUUGAUUGGACUCCAGUUGGCUGACAUCUCACUCCAAUUAGCUCUUGGAGAUGCCAUUAGUCUAGGGGUUCACAUACUUUUUCCACCUGCACUGUGAAUGUUUACAUGGUGUGUUCAAUAAAAACAUGGCAACAUUUCAUUAUUUGUGUGUUAUUAGUUUAAGCAGAUUGUGAUUGUCUAUUGUUGUGACUUAGAUGAUGAUCAGAUCACAUUUUAUGACCAAUUUGUGCAGAAAUCCAUAUCAUUCCAAAGGGUUCACAUACUUUUUCUUGCAACUGUAUAUGGCUUAAUUAGCAAAUUAGCUGACUUUGAAAAAGAAAACAUAACAGCUAUUUUUCUCACUCAGCUAUUUUGACCUAAAACUUUAGUUUCCCUUCUCUUUGGUUUCAAUUCUUCGCUCCGGGUUUUAGACUGCGUGAUACUCAUUAGCAAAUAUCUGUCUAUCAGUGUCUAUAGCUUGGGCUCUCUGACAGGGUAGGAAAAUGGUAUCUGACUAUUUUUGUAAGAAAUUGUUACACCCUAACUCGCUCGCCAGAUUUCCCUGUGUCCAGGUUCAGUGGACAGAAGCAUGUUAUUCUGGCUACACUGUCAUGGUGCGGGGGAAGCAACAUGUUCCUGGGCAUUGCCUACACGGUCACCGGAGCGCUGGUUAUACUGACUGCUUUCGUCAUGCUGGCUGUGCACUUGAAAAACAAGAAGCAGAGAAAAACGUUCUCAAGAAAGUGAAUAUCUAAAACUGGGAUGAUUAAUACCAAACCGUUGCGUGGACAGCGUGAACAUCUUUCCCCAGCAAACCACGUGUAUAAUAAAAAAAAAGUAAAAAGUUCCAAGAUGUUGAGUCUUUGACAAUGGUUCUUUUAAUAUAGAUAUAAAAAGUAGAACAAUGUUUUUGGAUGGAGUAACUUUUGCUGGCAUGGUGUCCACCCCCUACUGCCCCCUUCAAACACACUUUAAAAAAAAAAAAAAAAAAAAAAACUUACUUUAGAUCCGUAAAUUGUCAUUGCAGGCCAAUCCUCCUUCAGUGUCGUC